UCCGGGGCUUUCCUCCGCGUACUUUGGUCUGGCUCCCAAGUUCCUAGCUUUUUGCUGCGAGUCAGUUUCAGGCGGGUGGAAACUGACCAAGAAUUAAGCAAACAAAAGAUUCCAAAAGAAUCUGGCUGAGGGUUUCCUUCAGUACCUUUUUGAUUCCUCUCAAUCUCCCCAGGCACUGAGGAGGGUCUUUUUUUGGGGGGGGGGCGGAGUGUAGAGAGGGAGGACAAGUGUUCAAGCCAAGGGUUCAGGGGCCCAAAGGAACUUGGCCCCAAGACCCUCCUUUUUCUCUGGAUCCAGGUUUGCUGCAUGGUCUGUUUUGAUCUGAAAGUUCACGUGAAUUUUCCCGAGGUCUUGUGUAAGCCUUGGAUUGCUGUUGUUUUUUUCCCCCGGAUCUUGUUGGGAAGCGAGAGGGAGGCGUCCACCCUUGGAUUUAUUUCAGCCUUGUUAGGUUUUCCUUUUGCCCCUCUUGGGCUUUUUGGAAUUUUUUUUUUAAACCCAGUUCCUAAGAAGAGGAAAGGGAAGAAAGAAAGCAAGCAAAAAAUCCUUAAGAUAUCCCCACAAGCAAACUAACCAGUGAGUAGCUUUUGGAAGGAGGUAACUGUUAGCUACUUUUCAUUUUGAACUUUUUUUUCUGGGGCACUGUUCUCACUUAAAGUGCAUUCUUUGGGUUCUUGGCCUGUUUUACAGUGCUGGUAUCUAGGUGUGAUUUUUUUUUUUCCCUUUUGGGAGACUUAGGGAGGAAAGAGAUGUAAAAUUGCAGCCCAGAGCAGGCUGUGGGAAAACAAGAAGCCAGAUGGAGACUGUGAAAUGAGUACCUAAUGGGUGAUGGUGUCCUGGCAGGGCCCCCUUCUCUGGCCUGUAUUGUCACCUAGGACCAAAUCAGAGCCCCGUUGGAACAAACUGUUUGCAGCCCUCUCUGGGCUAUGUCACUUUCCACCAGGGGGGUGAGAGCUGUGUGGAAUGCAAGGGCCACACUUGAACUUCUGGCCUGUGUUGAGGGUAAAGGGACAAGAUUGUUGUGGACCCUUGGUGACUGCGUGUGUGUGUUUCUGCAUGUGCAUGUCAGAAGGCCCUGUCCCUACUUAAGUUUACUUGGGGUCUGAGCUGCACCCUCUUCCCCUCUGCCUUUCCCAUAGACUUUCUUUCCCUAUCAAAAAUACCCAACUCCAGCCAUGGCAUUGAAAGGCCGAGCACUUUAUGACUUCCAGAGUGAAAACAAAGAGGAGAUCAGCAUCCAACAGGAUGAGGAACUGGUGGUCUUCAGUGAGACCUCCUUGGAUGGAUGGCUACAGGGGAAGAACAGCCGGGGGGAGACUGGGCUAUUCCCUGCCUCCUAUGUGGAGAUCCUCCGAUGUCGUUCAGACUCUAACUACACAGACUAUUCAAACAGCCCGGCCAGCUCUCCCAGCAAUGAGACUUCUUUCUAUGUCUCCCCUGUGGUCAACACAGGCAUCAUGUCUCACCAGGGCAGCUUUGAGGAUGAUGAUGAGGACUGGGAUGAUUGGGAUGACGGGGGCACUGUGGUGGAGGAGCCACGGGGUGUUGGGCUGGGUACCAAUGGGCACCCCCCUCUCAACCUGUCCUAUCCCGGUGCCUAUCCCAACCAACACGUUAGCUUCCGGCCCAAGCCACCCCUAGAGCGCCAGGACAGCACUGCCUCUGGCAAGCGGGGUAGCGUGGUUGGGCGGAAUCUGAACCGCUUCUCCUGUUUUGUCCGCUCGGGUGUGGAGGCCUUCAUCCUGGGCGAUGUACCCAUGAUGGCCAAGAUUGCUGAGGCCUACUACAUUGAAAUGGGUCCCAAAGGCCCUCAGUGGAAGGCCAGCCCCCACCCCUUUGCCUGUUCUGUGGAAGACCCCACCAAGCAGACCAAGUUCAAGGGCAUCAAAAGCUACAUCUCUUACAAACUCACGCCCAGCCACGUGGGCUCACCCGUCUACCGGCGCUACAAGCACUUCGACUGGCUGUAUAACAGGCUGCUGCACAAAUUCACAGUGAUCUCAGUGCCGCACCUGCCAGAGAAGCAGGCCACAGGCCGCUUCGAGGAGGACUUCAUUGAGAAGCGCAAGCGCAGGCUGAUCCUGUGGAUGGACCACAUGACCAGCCACCCCGUGCUGUCCCAGUAUGAGGGCUUCCAGCACUUCCUGAGCUGCCUGGAUGACAAGCAGUGGAAGAUGGGCAAGCGGCGGGCGGAGAAGGAUGAGAUGGUGGGGGCCAGCUUCCUUUUGACCUUCCAGAUCCCCACUGAGCACCAGGACCUCCAGGAUGUGGAGGACCGUGUGGAUGCCUUCAAGGCCUUCAGCAAGAAGAUGGAUGACAGCGUGCUGCAGCUCACCAACGUGGCCUCAGAGCUCGUGCGCAAGCACAUCGGGGGCUUCCGAAAGGAGUUCCAGAAGCUGGGCAAUGCCUUCCAGGCCAUCAGCUACUCCUUCCAGCUGGACCCCCCCUACAGCUCUGAUGCCCUCAACAACGCCAUCUCCCACACAGGCAAGACCUACGAGACUGUGGGCGAGAUGUUUGCCGAGCAGCCCAAGAAUGACCUCUUCCAAAUGCUGGAUCGCCUUUCCCUGUACCAGGGCCUGCUCUCUAAUUUCCCUGACAUCAUCCACCUGCAGAAAGGUGCCUUCGCCAAGGUCAAGGAGAGCCAGCGCAUGAGCGAUGAGGGCAAGAUGGACCAGGACGAGGCCGACGGGAUCCGCAAGCGCUGCCGCGUGGUGGGCUUCGCUCUGCAGGCUGAGAUGAACCAUUUCCACGAGCGUCGGGUGCUGGACUUCAAGCACAUGAUGCAGUCCUAUCUACGGCAGCAGAUUCUCUUUUACCAGCGGGUCAGCCAGCAACUGGAGCAGACCCUGCGCAUGUAUGACAACCUCUAACCUUGUCCCCUUCGCCUCUCCUGCUGAGCCUCUGCUCCAGCCUUCCCCUUCCCCAAUGCAGAUGUCUGCUCAGGUAGAGAGAGAGCCUCUAGGGGCUUCCUGGUAGGGAUGGCCAAGUCCCACUUUCCCCUGCCCCUUUUGUAUGGUUAACCAGUCCCUCUCCCCCUCUCCUUUGUAGGUAUAUGUCUGCCCAAGGUGGUCUGACUUCAUGGCAUGGACUUAGAGGAAAUCAGUCCCCUUCUGGGAGGCUCUCACAGCAACUGCCUUGAUCCCCAGUUAGAGCAUUGAGCUUUGAAAAAGGGACCAAGAGUAGGGGAGAGGGAUCUGGUUUCUAGUUUUGAGUGACUCGGCUUCCUCUUCGUUGGAAGUGGGAGCAGAGGCAGAUAGGGGAGGGAGCCCGAUGGACACCCAAGGCUAUGGUGGCCUAGAGAGAGAACCCAGGAGAGCCUGCUCCCCAGCCCUAAAUCCUUACCUGAACAAAAUGACAGGACCCUGUGAAGCAGGGUCACUCCUAGACAUCUCCGGAUAGGGUUAUGGGGCAAAUCCAAGCAUCCCCUUCUUUCUGCUGAAAACAUUAAGGCUUCUUCACCUGUCUUCACCCUGAACCACGGCCACUGUCUACUUACGGCAUGGAUUCUGGCCAUUGGCUCCUCUUUGGGAAUCUGGCCAGAGCCCAGAGGAGGGGUGAAGACUGGGCCAUGAUAGCUGCCCAGUCUCUAACUCUUCCCUCUUCUAGUCCUGUUCCCGAUGGCUAAUGGGGAAGGGGAAGCUGCAGUCCCUCCUAACACCAGGCCACUUGGUGGGAUUUUGCCAGGGGCCCCUAAUGCCUAGGUGAGGUCUUUCCCUGGUCUGACUCCAUCCUUUUCCUUCUCACCUCCCACCCCACCCCCCAAGGUUGUAAGGCCCCCUGUGGGAGCUGCCUGGGCGCUAGCCCUGAUCGACAUGCUUGGUGGUCCUCUGCACCCUGGACCUGUGCUCUAUACCCAUAGAUAACGCUGGCUCUUACUCUGGAGCUGAACUUUGCUGAUAUUUGUGCCCACCAGCAUAUAACCCACGGGAUCAGGGCUUAGAUAGCAUAGAUUCCACAAGGCCUUAAAAGACCUCCUGAGUGCCUUUUGAUCCCCUUAAAUCUCAAGCAUGGAGAGAAGCUGUCAGCUGUGCCUGCUCGUGAAUGGCAGAGAAUCUGUGGGACUGAAGGAGGGGCAGGAGAGCUCAGCUCCCCUGGGAGCCCUCCAGGUGCCCAUCCCCUCUUCUCGAACGCACUGUGAUGCCAGCCCGGCCUCCCUGAGGUCCCGCAGAGAUGCCUCUGGUUGUUGUUUACAUCCCAGUGGGAGCUGCCCACACACCCUGUAGGUUUAGGGGGCUGGAGUGGGGGAGGGGUGCCGCCUGACAGUGGCCACACAGGCAGAUGUGGGCCACAGCUUGGUGGUGCCCCUUUAGGCCUCAGGCAGCCCCUCUCGCUUUUGUUUGUUCUUUUUUUUUUUCCUCAAAAGAACUUUUACAAUUAAAACAGCAGAGUUAAAUUUU